GUGUUUUUGUGUGAAAUGUUGAAGAAAACAGCGGGCAAUUUUUUGUGAAGAGUUUAGUGAACAAUUUUCUGAAAAUGACCGAAAAAACUGACACGGAAAGCGCAGCCCAGCGAACGGCAGAGUUGCGGGAAAACGGGGACAAGGAGACACACGAUAAACACCACUCCGAUGGCUCCGAUACGGAUUCACCAAAUCAUUACUGCCCAUUUGCGCACUACAGACCACGAGUGGGAAGCUGCUCCGAUUAUGAUGACAACGAUACAGAUGAUGAGGAGGAGGAUCCAUAUCAGGAAUUGUUUAUGAACGCCUACCGGUCAGCACCUGCGUCCUCGGAUGAUGACGAAGAACCGGUACUGGAAUUCAACCAACUGGUGCAUCCCGAUGCAAAGCCGCUCUCACUCAUGGACGAUGCGGAUCUGUGGGAUCACUUGGACGAACAUGAAUUGAAGGAACGGCUAAAGGACCAUCCACGGUUGCUAGAAGAAAUCACGCGCAAACGGAAACGCCGAAUGCUAGAACAAGAAGGGGAAACCAACGAUGAUCUGGGCGACGUUCUGGAUCGAUUUACAAAGUAUAUUCGCAUGGAUCCCACGAGACUCAGUUGAUAGGUGGACGAUUAGACGAUUGUUGUGAACGUAUCGUUUUCUGUUAGGAACGGUGAUAAUUAUUGUAAGAGUUAGAGAUUGAACUAGACGAAUCGUCAGAAGAGUGGAUUGAUGUUUCGAAUUCCUAGAACCACAUUUGCUAUAUUGAACCCUUGAACUGCACAUGGACGAUGAGAAAGAAUCAAAAGUGGUUGCCUUAAAAAAUGUAGGGAAUUGCUUUGCUCGUAAAGCCUAUAAUUGGCCCUGAAAAAUCUUCAUGAAUAGUGUAUCGAUUCCCAAUCCCAAUCCUGUCAAAGACCUGGACCUCACUGCAUACCUUGUGCCAUGCAGAUCAUCCGGAAUAUCUCUGUUUGCAAUGGAAUACUCGUUCUAUAUUUUUGUACUUAAAAUAUAGUUUUCUUUGAAUUUAGUUAUGCGGGCAAUGAGCAUGAGCAGUACAUUGUACAUAUUCCUUGUUUAUUGCAUGCAAAAUAACAAUAAAUAAGAAAAAUGAUAACAUGCA